UCAUGUAACGUGAUCGACCAUGCAUAACUUUAGUUCGAUGUUUCAAACUAUCAACUUGUCGAAUUUGUUGGGUGCCGCAACGGAUGUUCAAAAGCUUUUAAGGUAUCUAAAAUGCCCGAACAAGUAGCAAAUGACGGCACCAGAUGGUCCAAGAACAGCUACAGCGAGGACUUAGACACAGCCUUUUCAUGCAGCAAGUGGAGUAAGCAAAAGCUCAGCCCAGAUGAGGUAGUUGAAGAUUUCAUCAAGAGAUGUGAUGAAGAGUCAGUUAAAUUCUUAUCAGAAGGUGCUUUUCAAUCACAACUCAACUUAGAAUAUGGAUCACAAGAAAGGGAAAAAAUUGAUGUAUUUUUACCAAAAUCUGCUAGUGUAGAUGCUCCUAUAUUCAUGUUUCUCCAUGGAGGCUACUGGCAGGCUGAGGAACUGAGUAAGGAUAAUAACUCUUUCCUUGGAGCACCUCUCAUCAAGAAUGGUGCUGUGUUUGUCACUGUUGGAUAUUCUCUAGUGCCCGAGUGUACUCUACAUGACAUGGUAGAACAAGUUCAAAAGGUGGUGGUGUUCGUGGCUAAAAGAUUUCCUCAUACAAGAGGGGUUUUCAUAUCCGGUCACUCAGCUGGUGGUCAUCUUGCGGCCAUGAUGCUCUCUGUUGACUGGUCAAGUCUUCUACAGGACAAGAAGAAUAUUAUCAAAGGCAUUCUUCCUAUUUCUGGUAUAUUUGAUGUACGACCCAUCACAAAAACAUAUAUCAACGAACCAUUGUCACUUACAGAAUCUAGUGCAGCUUCUGUAAGCCCUCAUCUCCUUGUGGAUGCUAUCCCAGAAUGCAACCUGGGGGUCAAAGUUCACCUUCUGUUUACGGAAUAUGACCCACCAGUACUCAAACAACAAGCACAAGAUUACAGUAAGCUUUUAUCAUCUUCAGGUCUAGAUGUUGAGAUGACAAUGUUACCUGAAAAAGAUCACUUUCAGGAGCUCAUUGAGUUAACUGAUGAAAAUUGCCUAUUUCAAAAGGUUUUUCUUCGGAUGAUGGGUUUGACAUCAUAAUGGCCAUCCUUCAAGUAAGGAAACCCCUGAUAAUUUGUUUUUAAUUGAUCACAGUAUUCUCAUUAUAAUGUAUGAAAUAGGAGUAUGGUGUUGGAUGUAGAAAACCUUGGCAUGGUUUACAAUGAAUAUAAAAAAACUGCAAUCAAAAGAGUCUGGUUAAUUAUAUCAUAUCAGACUCUGUUUUGUGUAUACACAGUGUGCCACAGGGUUCAGUAGUUGGUCCACUUAUAUAUGCCAUUUCACAUUCCGUUUUAUGUCUAUUGGAUGUGCGGCAGGGCUUCCUUUGUUAAUUACAUAGUGUGUGCCUUAGUGACCAGUAUUCAUGUAUGGUACACUGUUACUUAUUCUGUACACAGUACCAGGGGAUGUUCUGGGUAAUACCCCAAAUGUAGGUUAUUUCUAGUUAUCAAAGGCAUGUUGAUAUAUGUGACUAUCAUGAUUCUACCAAAUUAAUUUUGUUCUCUUUUAUUUGAAAGCUUGAUCAGGGAAGAGUUUUGUAAGAGGUGACUGUGACAGAAAUACUUGAAUUGCAAAUAAUACACACAUUAUUGUGGCUCACCACACACACAUAUACAUGUAAUUCAUUUUAAUUUCAUGCGUGCAUGACUAUUUAGUUUGGUUGCGGCACUGGGACAAACUAAACGUCAAUUGAGAUAUGAAAAUAGAAGUGAGUUAUUUUUUAGAAUUUUGUAGGUACACCAUUAAUUUUGGCUGGUUAAUUCUUAUUCUUCUGCCCUCUGUAGGUUGAGGCAUUAGGUUUCAGUCAGUCUCAUUUUGGAAAAAAAGGGUAAAAAUGUCUUGUAUGGGUGAAAAAAAAAAUAUUGCAAAUAAAUACAUUGAGAAUCUAAUGUUAAAGGCCUAUUAUAUAUUGAAGUAUGCUGCAAAAUAUGUUUAUUAGAUGGACUUAAUAGAUCAGUAUUGGUGUAUAUGGGCAAUAGAGUUGUUAUGUGUAGGAGCAACAUUAUUAACAAAAUAACAAUAGAAUGUAAAAUUUUAUAUUUUUAUACUAUAGAAGUUAAAAUCCCUUUGAAGUAACAUAGAAGACGAUGUAAAAUUCAUUUUGAACCUAAAAGUCUGAAUCUGGAUCAAAAUUUGAAGUAUACAUUUGAAUAUGGAAACUAAAUCUUAUUGGUUUGCAUUUCUAUUUAAAAAAAUUUAAGACAGUACUUUGAAUUCGGGGAAUUUUGAGAAAAUACUUUGAAAUAUGGGAAUUCUGAGACUAUAUUUAAAGGGGGAAUCCAUCCCAAAUAAGGGGGAAAAGAAAAAUUAGACAAGUUGAUAUGUGAAAGUUUGAACAAUAUCGGACAAACAAGAAAGUUAUGAUUUUUUAAAAGUUGUGAAUAUUGGUAUCCCUAUACCCACGGAGACUUCAAAUUGUCCACACAUGUGAUGUCCAUCUAUCCCAUAAAAUUGUCUGAAUUGAUAAAGUAAUGUUUUCCUAUUAACUACUUUGUAAGCUUUUCAAAAAUCAAUAAAACACACAUAUAAGUAUGAUUUCUUUUAAAACAUUUUAUGUAUAAUUGAUUUGAGAGAGAAUGCGUGGUCUGAAGUUUUAGAUAUCUUCUGGAAAUAUAUUUGUUCAGCUGCCAGUAGUUGAUUAUUUCAUAGAAAUUAUGUAGUCUAUUGUGCAAUAUUCUUGCAAAAAAUUUAGCCAAAGAACUUGUUAGUGCUAUUCCUCUGUAGUAGUUGUCAGGGUCAUUGCUACAACCUCCCUCAAAUAUUGAUGUUAUAAAGUUUUCUUUCCAUGCUUCAGGAUAUAUUCAAGUUUUUACUAUAGCAUUAAAUAUGUCAACAUAUAUGUUUAUAUUUGUGCUGCAAGAUGCUAAAAUCAUUUCACCUAGAAUCUUAUUCGGUCCACUUGAUUUUUUUUGUUUCAUGAGUUUUAGUGUGUCAAGUACUUCUUUCCUUGUAACAGUAGCAUUCAAACAAUCUGUAUAAUAAUAGCUACCUCUAUUCUGUUCCUCAACUAAAAAAUUAUUACUCUGUGUUUUAUUCAUCAGUUGUUUGAAGUGUGCAGUCCACUCAGAUGGGGUAAUGUUUAAGGAAUUAUUGUCUUUUCGUUUAAUGAAUCCGCAAUGCUCCAAAAUAAAGAUGGUUCUUUUGGUUUUGAGUUUAAAGUUUGUUGUAUAUAUUUUUUUAAGCCUAUGAUUUUUGUGGAUCAAUUUGCUCAAAAUUUAACGUUAAAAUAUUCUCCCUCAAAGAAUUAUCCCAAGGUUAUUUCUAUCUUUGUAUUAGACGAGGUUUAUUUUGACAUUCAUUAUUAAAAGUGAAUGACUGAAAUUAUAACAGGAAGUUAACUACAUAAUACAACAUAAUUUUUAUGAUUUUUAUUGAAAUAUAAAACAUUCUUAAUUUGUAAAAUGUCAUCUACCUUGAUUACAUCACAUCUGCAAUAUAUCAUGCUUGGUCAAUCUUUAUCCAGAACACCGUUUUGUGAGCAAGUCAACUUGUGCAUUCAAUUCCCAGGUGUCCUAGGUGAAGCUGUCUAAGGAUGUCAUUCCUCAGCGUCUUCGGUGUGUUAACUUGACUUCCCUUGAAGAGUACUCUGUAUGACAUUCUGAUUUCAUCUCUGUAAGACCAAUAUUGCUCAAAAGAUGUUUGUAACUCUUAGAUGAUUUUAGGCCAACCCUGAGUUACUAUAUUCCGUAAUGAUCUGAGAACUGUUUCUCUCUGAUGUUCUGUUCUUUUGUGCUGUCCAAAGAGUAUAAUGUCAAUCUUGUUUAAAUCUUUAGCUUCAGAGCAGAUGGAUUCCUCUAUGACCUGUAGCGGAACAAUACACACUUUCUUUGGGUUAUGAAGUUGGCUCAAGGUAUCAGAAAGAAUUAUGUCUUUUCCUGGUGGUACUUGACUUGACGUCUGUAUCCUUGGACUUUGAUAAAUCAGUCUCUGAACACUAAGCCUUCUUGCUUUGCUGUCUCCAUGUGAUGUAGAGAAUCCUGUUGUGUUUCUCCUCUGUUCUUCCUACAAUUGCUAUGUCAUCUGCAAUGCAUAUGCAGCCUGACACAUUCUGGACGAUCCCAUCCAUGAUCAGCUGGAAGAUAUCCUGGCUUGUACAUAGCAUGUAUAGCAAUCUUUGGAAGCACUAUCUUCCGAAUGGUGUGCAGAAUAUGGUGAAGUGUUGGCAUUCCUCUGCCAGAUGAACUGACCAAUAACCAGCCUUUGCAUCUAACUUGGAAAAGUUGAAGAAAGGUUGAACCUUUUUCAAGGCAUCCCUUCAAUCACCUUGGGUCAAGACAGUGCUGAUUGAUCUGUCUCUCUUCACAACUGUGGUCAUGUAGCUGUGCCAAUCAUUAUUGUAUUCAAUUCAACUCCUUGCUGCUCCAUCUUGUCCAGUUCCUCCUUGAUUUUGUCUUUCAUGAGUAUGCUGCACUUGCGGUGUGUGUCUUGGGCAGGUUUUAUUAUUUUGUUUUACAUGAAGCAUCAACUUUCAUUUGAAGCUACUAAUAGCAUUGAAUUGCUCUUUAAGUAAUUCAGGCUUUAUCAACAUUUAGUGUAGGAUAAUCUUUUGAUGCAGGCCCUGUGCUAGUGAUUGAAUGCAGAACUCUCAGGCCAUGUGUUUACUUCAUAUCAUUCGCUCAUCUCACACACAGAGUAUUGCAUGCUAUGCAAAUGUAGAUACAAUCAUACAUGUAUGUAUUCAUGUUUUUAUCACUGUUGCAUGAGUGGAUGCUUCAAUGGUUAGCAUUCAAUAAAGUUUGGUAGGAAUUUAUGCAAAUACUUCUCAACACAGGCAGCUGUCCUUGUCAUUUUGAGGCAUUCCAAUUAACCGAGCAUGCCACCAUGUAACACAAGUCUGAUAGAGUAUGGAUCUCUCGAGACUGUGAUGUUUGGUAAACUUUGAUUAAUAUAUAUGCAAUGUGGUUUAAUCAUGCCAGUCAAUUCACAAUAGAUACAAAUUGAAGUGUGUAGAUAUCAAUACUGAUAUCGCAUUUUGUAAUAAAGUGGAACUUAGACCGUCUGCGUUGAAUUUAGACUAAAAUAAUUAGACUAAGUGGGUAUUAGACAAAAUGUAGUGUAGACCAUUUUUUUUAGGCCAUGUUGUAUUAAGACUACCUGAAAAGUAGACUAAAUUGUUGUAGAUCAAGUUAUGUAAACUACAAAUAAAGGGUCCAUGUUGUAAGAUUCUGACCCAACAAAUUGUGUCAGAUCACUUUUAACCAGCAUUAUAAUGAAGACGAAAGAAAUAAUGAUAUGUAGGGGAAGGCGGGUAAGUUGAGCCACCACCCCCAGGCCAAUAAUGAAUGAGUCAGACAUUGUGGUGGUGUCAUGUAUUGAUGACCCAUUACAUAACCCUUUACCCAACCAUAUUGCUUUCGACUUCGAAACAAAAGGUACCUUUUUAGACGG